AUGCCUCGCGAUCGACCCCCCACCACGGGCUACGAACGCCUCGCCCAAGCCGACCUCAGCGACGAUUCCGACGCCGAUCUGGUCCAGUCGUCGGCUUCGCUGCAGCCGGCCGCGGCGCCGCGCUACACGCCCAUCAGCCAGCCUCGCCACCGCUCCGGCGCCAUCAGCCCCCAGACGCACGCCCAACGCCCCAAGUAUCGCAAGCGCGCCGGCAGCUCCGGCGGCGUCGACAUCAAGGCCAUCAACGCGCGCCUGGAGCGCUGGGCCGACGAGAUCGCCGCCAAGUUCAAGCGCGGCCGGGGCAAGAGCGUGGCCGGGGGGGAGGAGGAGGACGAGGAGCGGCUCGAGAUCCACCACUCCGUCUUCCAGCCGCCCGAGGGCGUCCGACCCGUCACGGCCGAGGGCCUGGCCGAGACCCGGGGCGGCCUCAUGUCGCGGUCCGAGUUCGAGGCCAUCGUGGAGAGCGUCCGCGUCGCCAUCCGGCAGGAAGUCCAUCCGAGCAUGAUCUCCCAGGGCAGCUCCGGCAGCUACUUUGCCAGGAACCCCGACGGCAAGAUUGUCGGCGUCUUCAAGCCCAAGGACGAGGAGCCCUACGCGGCGGGGAACCCGAAAUGGAACAAGUGGAUUCACAGGAACUUGUUUCCUUGCUGCUUCGGGCGAGCAUGCCUGAUUCCGAACCUGUCGUACGUGAGCGAGGCCGCAGCCUACGUCCUCGACUCGCAGCUUCGCACGCACCUGGUUCCCUACACCGACGUGGUCUGGCUGUCCUCGAAAUCGUUCCACUACCCCUUCUGGGACCGGCGCAGCUUCUACCGAAAGAAGAAGACCCUGCCUCCCAAACCAGGCAGCUUCCAAGUCUUCCUCAAGGGCUUCAAGGACGCAAACGUCUUUCUGCGGGAGCACCCCUGGCCGGAUCAGUACUGGUCCGGCUUCAGGACCAACGACACGCACAGGAAUCGCAAGAAGCGGUGGACGGAGAGCUGUCGCCCGUCCACGUCGGGCCCCCCGGACGACGCGGAUUCGAGCGACGACGAGACCCUGGCGGCCGCGGAGGACUCGACGGAUCCUCCCAAGUUCUCCUGGACGGAGCCGAUGAAGCAGUCGUUCCGGGAGGAGCUGGAAAAGCUGGUGAUUCUAGACUACAUCAUGAGGAACACGGACCGAGGCCUCGACAACUGGAUGAUCAAGGUGGACUGGAAAGCUGCCAAGGUCUCCCUCGCCUCGGACCCCGUUCACCUGAACAUGGAGACGGGCCAGGACGAGGACGAGGACGGGCACGAGGACGGGGACGAGCUCAGUCGCCCCCGGCCCGUUGAUCUGGAGCAGAUGCCGCAGCCGGCGACGCGCGCGCCAUAUCCCUACCAGAGCCAGCGGCCAAUGAAUGCGUCAAGCAACGGCGCGGCGUCCAAAGAACCAGCCAUAUCCAUCGGGGCCAUUGACAAUUCUCUAUCGUGGCCCUGGAAGCAUCCCGACGCUUGGAGGAGUUUCCCGUUUGGAUGGCUCUUCCUCCCUGUCGACCUCAUCGGUCGGCCGUUCUCCCAAAAGACCAGGGACCAUUUCCUUCCCCUGCUCACGUCGACGGCCUGGUGGGCGCAGACGCAGAUUGCGCUCAAGCGCGUCUUCCAGGUGGACCAGGACUUCCAGGAGCGCAUGUUCGCCAAGCAGAUCGCCGUGAUGAAGGGCCAGGCCUGGAACGUGGUCGAGGCGCUCAAGACGGCGGACCACGGACCGCUGGAGCUCACGCGCCGGGCCAAGGUGUGCGUCUGGGACGACCUGGUCGACGUGCCCGUGGCGGUGCCCAUGCGCGCCACGUCGUCGGAGCUGCGCCGCAACGCCUCGGCGCGGCAGUCCAUGGACGAGGAGGCCGACAUUGCCGGCUCCGGGGGGGCGGCGGCGGCGGCGGCGCCGCCGCCGCGGGAGGAUGCCGCCACGGACCUGCUCGGCCUGCAGUCGGCGCCGGCGGGCAUGCCGCGCUCGGGCCGGUUCGACGCCGUGCCGAGUCUCCACGAGGACGACGCGGCGCCGGCGGCGGCGGAGCGCAACCCGUUCAACGGCCACGGCCUCGGCCACGGCCACGGCGCGUCGCGCUCGCUCAACGUCUACGAGCCGGCCCGGCACUACGGCCCGCGCCAGCAGCGCAGAUACUCGUUCGCCUCGCCCGCCGCCGCCCGCCGCACCAGCAGCACCAUCGCGCAGCAGCUCUACGCCGACUCGCACGACCUGUACGGCGGCGACGACCUCGAGGGCGACCUGGGCUACGCCGCCGCCGAGGGGCAAAUGGGCAACCAGCGCAAGGUCAUUGUGGAGCGACUCGAAGCCGUCAAGAGCCGCAACCCCGUCUUCACCUGGUGCUGA